CACACACUAAACCGAACAUGGUUCAGCGUACGAAAUACGAGAGGCAUAGUCCCAACCAUGUCAACAACGGCCAUCGAAGAAUUCUUUCUAUGCAUAGAAAGUUUCAGGAGUCGCAGUCACUUAAGAAUCGAAAUGGCCCAGUUUAAUCCCAAUCCCCGACUUCCUUCACGACCUCUCAAUUACAACCGGGCAUCACCUACUUGUCAUCAUGGCCACCGGUUGGACGGCAUACGCCUACUAUCCCUCCGUGGGAGGCGCCGUGGUCAUGAUCAUGCUCUUCCUGAUCGGCGUCAUUAUUUUCACAUACCAGCUUAUUCGAACGCGAGCAUGGCUGACCAUUGCAGCCUUGAUAGGUGGAAUGUUUGAAACAGUCGGUUAUAUCGGUCGCGCCAUGUCCGGAAACCAAUCUCCUAACUGGACGCUGGGCCCCUAUAUCAUUCAGAGCACCCUUCUCCUCAUCGCCCCGGCAUUGUUUGCUGCAACCAUCUAUAUGAUCCUCGGCCGGAUUAUCGCCCUCGUGCAUGGAGAACACCACUCGAUCAUCCGACUCAAAUGGCUGACGAAGAUCUUCGUGGUUGGGGAUUGUUUGUCUUUCCUCAUGCAGUCGUCCGGCGCCGGAAUCAUGGUCCAAUCCAAAUCCGCGACUGAUAAUACAGGCGAGAAUGUCAUCAUCGGCGGACUUCUCGUACAGAUCAUCUUCUUCUGCUUCUUCCUUGUGGUCGCCAUCAUCUUUCAACGUCGCAUCUACCGACACCCUACUGUGCGCUCCGAAUCGCCUAUGAUCCCAUGGCGAAAACACUUCUUCUCGCUGUACGCAUCAAGCUUCUUGAUUCUUAUUCGCUCCAUUGUGCGGUUUAUCGAGUAUAUCCAGGGACAGGAGGGAUACGUGAUCACCCACGAAGCUUUCAUCUAUGUCUUUGAUGCGGUUCCCAUGUUCCUGGUACUGUGUAUCUUGAUCCGAUUCCACCCGAGUGAGAUUAACGGGCUGCUGGGAAAGUCGAGGGUAGCAGCAGUGGGCUACGGGCUCCGGUUUGUUGAUGUGUCUCCUGCAAUGUAAUGUAUGAAAAUAUGGUGCAAGCUUGGGAUACAUUCCAAGUGUAUUAUAGACAGAUAGACGGAUACAUAGAGUCAUAAAUCAACUUCCUAAACUUUCUU